AUGAUGAUGAUGAUGAUGAUGAUGAUGAUGAUGAUGAUGAUGAUGAUGAUGAUGAUGAUGAUGAUGAUGAUGAUGAUGAUGAUGAUGAUGAUGAUGAUGAUGAUGAUGAUGAUGAUGAUGAUGAUGAUGAUGAUGAUGAUGAUGAUGAUGAUGAUGAUGAUGAUGAUGAUGAUGAUGAUGAUGAUGAUGAUGAUGAUGAUGAUGAUGAUGAUGAUGAUGAUGAUGAUGAUGAUGAUGAUGAUGAUGAUGAUGAUGAUGAUGAUGAUGAUGAUGAUGAUGAUGAUGAUGAUGAUGAUGAUGAUGAUGAUGAUGAUGAUGAUGAUGAUGAUGAUGAUGAUGAUGAUGAUGAUGAUGAUGAUGAUGAUGAUGAUGAUGAUGAUGAUGAUGAUGAUGAUGAUGAUGAUGAUGAUGAUGAUGAUGAUGAUGAUGAUGAUGAUGAUGAUGAUGAUGUGA